AUGGGCGGCCCGCGGGCCUGGACGCUGCUCUGCCUCGGGCUCCUGCUCCCGGGAGGCGGCGCCGCGUGGAGCGUCUCGGGCGCCCGGUUCUCAGGUCGCAGGAACUGGUGCUCCUACGUGGUUACCCGUACCAUCUCGUGCCAUGUGCAGAAUGGCACCUACCUCCAGCGCGUGCUGCAGAGCUGCCCGUGGGCCACGGGCUGCCCUGGGAGCAGCUACAGAACCGUGGUGAGGCCCAUAUACAAGGUGAUAUACAAGACCGUGACUGCCCGCGAAUGGAGGUGCUGCCCUGGACAUUCAGGGGUGACUUGUGAGGAAGGCUCCCCCGGCUUCCUGGAGCCCACGUGGUCAGGCAGCACCAUGAGGCGGAUGUCACUGCGGCCCACAGGCUUCUCAGGUUGUCUCAACUGCAGCAAAGUGUCUGAGCUGACGGAGAGACUGAAGGUGCUGGAGUCCAAGGUGGCUGUGCUGAGCGUGUCCUCAAUCCCAGCUGCCCCUGAGGACUCUGCCCUGCUCUGGGGUUCCCCAGGUGCCCAGGGCAGCCCUGGAGACGGAGGCCCUCGGGACAGAGUUGAUCCUUGGGAGCUGCAUGGGCCCACUGGCCCUAAGGGCGACACUGGCAGCCGGGGCCCAGUAAGGAUGAGAGGCCCACCAGGUCCACAGGGCCCCCCAGGACGCCCUGGCCAGACCGGAGCAGCGGGCGUCCCUGGAAAGAUGGGCCCUCCGGGCCCUCCAGGGCCUCCUGGGCCCCCAGGGCUGCCAGCCCCUGUUGGGCCACCCCAUGCUCAGAUCUCCCUGCAUGGGGAUCCAUUACUGUCUAAUACCUUCACUGAGACCGGCAGCCACUGGCCCCAAGGACCCACUGGGCCCCCAGGCCCUCCAGGCCCCCCGGGGCCCAUGGGUCCUCCUGGACUGCCUGGCCCCACGGGUGCCCCUGGGAGUCCUGGACACAUGGGAACCCCAGGCCCUUCUGGACCCAAAGGAACCUCCGGCCACCCAGGAGAGAAGGGUGAGAGAGGACUGCCUGGAGAACCUGGUCCCCAAGGUCUUAUGGGGUUGCCGGGAGAGCCAGGCCCCAAAGGAGACCCUGGUGAGAAGAGCCACUGGGCUCCUAGCUUACAGAGCUUCCUGCAGCAGCAGGCUCAGCUGGAGCUCCUGGCCAGACGGGUCACCCUGCUGGAAGCCAUCAUCUGGCCAGAACCAGAGCUGGGAUCCGGGACGGGCCCUGAUGGCACGGAUAACCCCAGCCUCCUUCGAGGCAAGAGGGGAGGACACCCAACCAACUACCAGAUCGUGACCCCCAGGAGACGCAAGGAAAGGAGCUGAGGGGUGGUGGUUGCUCUUCAGGGUCCGCACCAGGCUUCCUCCCCUCGCCUGGACUUGGCCAGCUGCCUCCAGGGACUGCCAGCUCCUAUUUAUUAAUAUCCUCAGGGACCCCGUGCCAUCUCGGCCUUGGGGUAGGCAGGGCUCAGUGACGGCAGCCUAAGCAGGGACCGGGCCUCAGAAAGCCAGGCCUCACUUGACGUGGGCCUAGUUUCCUCUGUGAAAUGGGGUGAAGAGGCCUUGAAGGGGAUAGGUGGGAGUACAGGCUUCCAGUGAUCUCUAAAGUACGGACCUGGCUGUCUAAAGUACGGACCUGGGACUCUGGCCCUGUAGACAUGCAGAAAUGGGGACAGAAGUCUCAGUUCCCCUCCUGCAAAACCUUGUUUUCUGGUGCUGAGCUUCCACCUGAGUCCAGGCUGCUUAACCCCUGACUGAGUGGUUGGUGCUUCUUACAUCAUUUCUGUCCCAAGACCCCACUCCUCCCAGUGUCCCACGUGGGGAUGGGAUGUAUAGAAGGGACUCCUGUUCCAAGCAUCUGCUGCAGAUGCCAAGGAUUGCUAUUUACGGGACAAUAAACAUCCA